AUCCGAUCCGAUCCGGCGUACGCACAUGGUGCCAGUUGUUGUCACCGGGUCUGUGGGUGAUUGCUGGUGUCUCUUCGUUUCAUUUGAGUAGCUAAAGGCUUUGAUCGGGUCAACAUGUCUGGCACGAAGCGGAAGCAGUACUUGGAGCCUGGAAAUGAAUUUGUGCUACCGAAAGCAACUGCCUGGCGCAAGCAAAUGAAGAAAAACUACGAUGGUACUGCGGAUGAAACCGAUGAACCCGAACCCUCAUCUGCUUCCCAGGAACCUGGGACCUCUAACCAAGCCCCACUGCUAUCUCAGGAAACUGAGUACUCCAGCACCCAGCCAGAUGACCCGGUGGACAACACAACGGAUUCCUCCUUGUCUGAAUCUUCAGAAGACGACUUCGAUUCAGAAGAGUCAAGUGAAGACGACACAUUCCAUGACGCCUCCGAUGAGGAGCCUGUCUGUGGAAUGGAAGGAAGUGUGCCAUCCAAUGAUGAACGUGUUUGUAGUGGGGGGGUGACUAAAGCGGAAGCCCUCAUUUUGAUUAUUUUGUUUGUAAUCCGCAGCGGGCUUUCAAUGACUGGGUUGAAGGACGCCUUGUUUCUGGUAAACACCUUGUUUGGAAGGCCGGUUGUGCCUAGCUCCCUCUAUAUGUUUGAGAAGUCUCUAAACUUCUGUAAGAAUUUCGAUCUCGUUUAUUAUUGUUUAUCUUGUUCUGUUGAAUUGACCUCCACUGUUCAGAAGGACAUACAGAAGUGCCGGAUUUGUAAAAAGUUGUUUGACGUUAGGAAAUCUGAUGGAUCUGGUUUUUUUUUGACAGCCUCAUUAGCGUCUCAGCUGAAAAGUGUUCUAGAGAGUUUUUCUGAUCACAGCUUCUUAACUACAAGGUUUAAUCGACCAAACAACACAUUUUCUGACAUAUGUGAUGGACAUAUGUACAAGGACUUAUGUAAAAAAUUCUCAGUUCUCGGAAAUCCCAAUAACAUUUCUUUUACCUUUAACACAGAUGGGUGCCCAGUCUUUAAAAGUAAAAAUUGCUCUAUCUGGCCACUUCAACUUAUUAUAAAUGAACUCCCGGUCUUUGAGAGGUUUAGGAAUGUCAUCCUUUCUAGUGUGUGGUUCGGAAAGAAUCACCCUCCAAUGGAGCUGUACAUGAAAAGCUUUGUGCAACAGUGUAAGGUUCUGUGUGAUCAGGGGUUUGUAUGGAAGCGCAACGGCACUGAGGUGCUAAGUAAGGCUUUCGCAGUAUGCUGCAGUGUGGAUUCGGUGGCCCGUCCUUUGUUACAAAAUAUGAUGCAAUUCAAUUCUUAUUUUGGUUGCGGUUGGUGCCUGCACCCUGGAUCUCUCGUUAACAGGUCAAUUCGCUAUACGGUCUCUGCAGAGGUAGCUGAUGACAGACAAUCGAAAAGUGCAAUCCGUGACAUGCGUGAAGCUGCAUCACAUGGUGUUAUUUGCAGAGGGUUUAAGGGUCCGUCUGCAUUGCUCAACUUGCCAUUUUUUAACGUUAUUGAAUCCUUUGUUCCAGACUACAUGCAUGCCGUCCUCCUCGGCGUGUCUCGUACACUUUUGAGCUUGUGGUUCGACAGCAACACCGGAGGGGGGUUUUAUCUUGGAGAUCCGGCAACCGUGAGGCUAGUAGAUCGCAGAAUGAAGGCCAUCAAGCCUCCUUCUAAGCUCGGCAGGUUUCCCCGGGGGGUCAGUGAACGAAAGCUUUGGAAGGCACAAGAGUACCGGUCGUGGCUUCUGUAUUAUUCGUUGCCGGUCCUCUAUGGCAUUUUGCCAGAACCCUUCCUUGGGCACCUCGCUCUUCUUGUACACUCCAUUUUUUGCCUAAUUCAGGACACACUUACAGGGGACGACAUCAACAUGGCCCAAAUUUUGUUAACGGAAUUUGUGAUCAAAUACAAUAUGCUAUAUGGGGACAUCAACAUGGUUUUCAACGUCCACUUACUCCAGCACUUGGCAAAGGAUGUUUUUCGUUGGGGGCCUUUGUGGACCCAUUCGGCCUUCUGCUUUGAGUCGUACAAUGGCGUUUUGGUUAAAUCUAUCAAAGGCAACCGUGGAGUAGCUAUGCAGGUGUUACACAAAGCCAUACUUAAACAGUCUGUAAAUUUUUAUGUCUUAACUAAAGGAACGGAUGUAAUGAAGAGAUCCCUUGCAUUUUUCAAGGAUGAGAAAAGGUGCCACUCGGGGGACACAGUCUCUGGCGUAACUCUUUUGGGCCAAGCACAGCCGUCCAAGUUCAGUAAUGCCGAAAAACGAUGCAUUAUCACUGCCCUUGGUACAGUUCCUUCAUGUCUUUCAGUCUUCUUAAGAUUCAUCGCUGGAGGAGUUGUGUACCAUUCAGCUCAAUACUCACGUCCUCAAAGAAGCGAUGACACUGUUGUAGUUCUUCAAGGCGAAAAGUUCGGCAUUAUUCGUUCGAUUUUUUCUUACAGGCUUAACAGUGCACAGGAAGUCGGUUUAAUUGUGGAGGUACUCGAAGUUGAGGAUGCAGCAUUUUGUGGUGCUCCCCAUAUUGCAGUUGGGGAGUUUUCUUCCCUCGAAAUGGUCGCUGUUUCAGCACUUUUGAGGAAGGCAGUGCGAGUGGAUGUCGAGAACUCUUCGUUUGUUUGUAAGGUUCCCAAUCUUCUGGAAAUUAACUGAUGCAGGCUGGGCUGCAGUCUUAAUAGGUUACCAGUUUUAUUUUUAAUUUGUCUGCUUGUUCAGGGUGCCUUCUGAAUUGCUUCUUUCAAAUUCUCUGACUUUUCCAAGUUUUCGCUGACUACGGUAGAAUACCGUGCGUCCGCCCACACCACACUAAGCGCCCAUUCCCAAAUUUGUAGGAUCUGAGAAAAUACGGAGAGUACAUUUAUAUGUAAAACUGAUGAGCGGAGAGGGGCCCAUCCGCUUUUUUUGCUAU